GUACAGAGGCCAACCAGUCGAAUGGAGAUAGUAUCAGCCAUGCGGAGAAUUCGGUACGAGUUCAAAGCCAAGAACAUUAAGAAGCGGAAGGUGAACAUGACGGUGUCUGUGGAUGGAGUCAGGGUCACACUCAGGAAGAAGCAGAAGGCAGGUCUCAUCGCUGCAUCAAAGAGGAAGGAAUGGACAUGGGAUGAGAGUAAAUUGCUGGUGAUGCAUGACCCCGUGUACAGAAUAUUCUAUGUAUCGCAUGACUCGCAGGAUCUGAAGAUAUUCAGCUACAUCGCCAGGGACGGCGUCAGCAACACCUUCCGAUGUAACGUCUUCAAAACAAAGAAAAAGAGUCAGGCCAUGCGUAUAGUGCGGACAGUCGGACAGGCCUUCGAGGUGUGCCACAAGCUGAGCCUGCAGCGUGCGGAGGAGACGGCGGACAGAGAGGUGGACGGACAGGCGGACGGAGCCAGCGACCGGCGGUCUGAGGAGUGGCGAGCAGACGGGUAUCCUCGUCCGGGAGCGGUGGGGAAUGGGGAUGCGGGGCUCAGCGGGGAGGGCGGCUCAGCCAUCGGCACCGCAGAGUCACCAUCUGACAGCCUGGAGCAUCUGCAACGAGCACUGCCACAGCUUCAGCAGGACAGUGUCAGUGACACGUUCUGUGUCUCGGCCUCUGGGCUCUGGCUGUCCCCCGAUCCCGGUUCUCAGCCCCAAACCCAGCCCCAGCCCCAAACCCAGCCCCAAACCCAGCUCGCCGUGGCCCAGGUGCGGUGGCUGAGGGAGCAGGUUGUGGUGGAGACCGAGGCUCGACGCGAGGCUCAGGCGCGAGUGCAGCAGCUGACGCUACAGAACAUGGAGCUACUGAAGCACCUCACCCUCCUGGUCACCCACCUCCAGCAGCUCAGGGUCACCAGGCCCCCAGCUGCUCCCUGCUCCAUCCCCGAACUGACCUCCACGUUAAACCUGCACCUCGGGACCCUCGCCUCGACCCUCACUCCCGGCUCCGAGAUCUGCCUCUCCGCUCCGGGGAGCACGGCUGGCCGCACCUUCCGGAACAUCGGCACGCUGGCUAACGGCGGCCUGAGAGAGGCAAACAGUAGCCACGGGGGAAUGAACGGGGAGACGAGCAGGUGGACCAGGACACAACGCUCUCGGACCGCGGAGAAUCCCGAGUCGCGAGGGAACAUCCCAGCGACCUUUAGAUGGGAGGAGAGUUACUCGCAGACCAUCCCGCGGUUGAAGCCGCCGCCCACGGGCACCAGGAAACGCUGCUCUCACUCCCUGCUGUUUGCCGGUGACCAGACAGGACACCGCGCCAAUCCCACGCCGACCGGUGGCUCCGCGAGGCUCAGCUUCAGCUUCGGCUUCGGUUCCUCCUGCACUUCCCCAACUGCGGGCGACUGCGGGGCGGGGGCCGGGGCGGGGCCUGGGGAGGGGGGGGAGGGCCGGGCAGUGCUGGGGGGCAGCACGUGGAGCGGUGAUCAUCUGACUGCCAACGCCCGAGGGAUGGACGACGACUGCUGUAACGGGCUGCGAGACCCCGGCUCUCUACCCCACACCAUCCCCCAUCCCCUCCCCCUCGCCCGCUCCCCAACGGCCAAUGAGACCCUUCUGCACAUCAGUCCGUCCGAGAACAAGAUUGGAUACAGCGAAUGUAAGGAACCGGGAACGCCACGGGAUGGAGGGCUCAGAUACGGAACGCCGAGCUGA